AUGAUGGAAGAUAUUGAGUCCGUUUUGCUUAUUGGCGGAGCAGGGUUUUUAGGUCUCCAUUUGAUUGAACAAUUUAGCAAGGCUACUCCGAAGCCUAAGAUACAUGUCUUUGAUGUGAGGCCAUUGCCCGAAAGGCUUUCCAAACAGUUUACAUUCAAUCCAUCAGAUAUAAGAUUUCACAAAGGAGAUCUUACGUCGGCGGAUGAUGUGGAGAAAGCCAUUAAAGAAAGCGGUUCAAAGGUUGUCGUACACUCUGCAUCUCCAAUGCAUGGCAAUACACAACAGGUUUACGAAUUAGUGAAUGUAAAGGGCACCAGAAACGUCCUGGAUGUGGCUAAGAGAUGCGGAGUGAAGGCUUUUGUUUAUACGUCUUCUGCUGGAGUCAUCUUCAAUGGGCAAGAAGUGCACAACGCGGAUGAGACUUGGCCGAUACCUAAAAUUCCCAUGGAUGGUUAUAAUGAAACGAAAGCAUCCGCUGAAGCAAUGGUUCUGGAAGCCAAUGACCCAAGAAACGGAUUCUCAACUCUUGCCUUGCGGCCCGCAGGCAUCUUUGGGCCAGGCGAUCGCCAAUUGGUUCCGGGACUUAGAGCUGUUGCCAAACUAGGUCAGUCAAAGUUCCAACUAGGAGAUAAUAACAAUUUGUUCGACUGGACAUACGCCGGUAAUGUCGCUGAUGCGCAUGUUCUAGCAGCGCAAAAGCUACUAAACCCGUCGACGUCAUCUAAGGUGUCUGGUGAGACUUUUUUCAUUACAAACGAUUCACCAGCAUAUUUCUGGGCCUUAGCCAGAACCGUCUGGAAAGCAGAUGGGCACGUUGAUAAAAACGUCAUCGUAUUGAAAAGGCCAGUGGCAAUUUUUGCUGGUUAUCUCUCUCAAUUUUUCUCAAAGAUAUUAGGGAAAGAACCGGGCCUAACACCUUUCAGGGUUAAAAUUGUUUGCGCUACUCGUUACCACAAUAUUAGCAAAGCCAAAGAAUUGUUAGGAUACCAACCCAAGGUUGAUAUCGAAGACGGCAUUUCAAGAACUUUGGCGUGGAUGGACGAAGGAUUAUAG